AUGAUCUUCUCUUCACAGUACCACAUCGACAUCCCCAACGAAGACAUCCUAACAUUUCUUUUCUCCCGGACACGCUUCAAAGAGAAUGACCCCAUCUGGAUCGAUGCCAUGAACCCGGAUUUGUUCGUGACUUUAUCCAAAGCGAGAGAGCUCACAUAUCGAAUUGGCCAGGGUCUUCGGGACCUAGGCAUCGGCGUCGGCAAGGGGGCCGGUACCAGAUCCAACAAUGACGGGAAACAUGGUCGCGACGCGGACGACAGUAUUGUCCUUUCGUUUGUCGAAAACCAAGUUAUGGUGGCGCCGACCUUGCUGGGCGUUUUAUGUGCAGGAGGUAUCCACGCCACUUGUCCCAUGACAGCCACGGUGUUCGAGCUCGCGCGCCAGAUCAGACUCAGCAAGCCCAGAGUUUUGAUCUGCUCGGAACAGACGAGAAGAGUCGCAGAGGAAUCAAUUGUCCAGUCGGGCAUUGGAGGAGUCAAAUUGUUGCUGAUGGUUUCCAAGACGCUUGAUGUGGUUGACGCCAAUACUAAAAAGUCAAUGGUUAGCAAGGAUAGGAUUCUCCGCUGGCGCAGGAUCAGUGAUCCGGUUGAACUCGAAAACACUACUGCGUGCUUGGUAUAUUCGAGUGGAACAACGGGGGUACCGAAAGGCGUCCGAAUCACCCAUUCCAACAUCGUCUCCAAUCUCUGCCAAAUGGCAUUCCACUUCGACCAUUUCGCCAAAAAGGCCAUCGCCGAGGGCACGUACCUGAAGAUGCCCGGGAUCAUGCAGAACGCCGUCGUUCUGGGCAUCACGGUGCAAACCAUGAUGGCCCUACAGACAGGAAUGCAGGUCUUCAUGAUCCCCAAGUUCGACUUUGAUUUUCUGAUGGCCUGCGUGCGGAAAUACUCGCUGUCGACUUUCUUUUUGGUGCCGGCUGUGUGGAACCGCAUUGCGACCGAGUGCACAAAGGACGAUCUUGCUGGGUUUCGAUUCUGCAUGAGUGGUGCCUCGCCGUUACCGCUCGCCUUGCAGUUGAAGGUCGAAGACAUGUUGCCUCCCGGAGUCAUGCUUAGAGUCAAUUGGGGAAUGACUGAGACCACGACGGGUGCGUCUCAACCGGCUCCCGAAGAAGUCGAUAGGGACGGCGCCUCGGGAAGGCUGUUGCCGAAUAUGCAGGCUGUCAUAUUGGGAGCCAAGGGGGAGAAGUUGGGUGUUGGUCAGCGGGGGGAAUUGUGUGUCAAAGGUCCCAAUGUCAUCCGCGAAUACUUCAACAACCCGGAAGCCACCAAGGCAGCCUUCACCCCUGACGGCUGGUUCCGCACCGGCGACAUUGCCUACUUUUCAAAAGACGGCAAAUUGUUCAUUGUUGGACGAUCCAAGGAACUAUUGAAAUAUAAAAGCCAUCAGAUCUCCCCUUCUGAACUCGAGGCUAUCCUCAGCCAGUGUCCCGGCAUCGUUGAUGUCGGGGUCAUUGGAGUACCUGACGGCAACGGCAACGACCUUCCACGCGCAUACAUUGUCCAAAAACCAAAGAACUCUCAAUCUGGCGGCAGUGAUAUAUCAUCAUCAUCUACCCUCCUGUCGGAAAAGGAUGUUCACGAUUUCCUCAAUGCCCGUGUGAGCGUGUACAAGCGGUUACGGGGUGGGGUCCGCUUCGUCGACGAGAUUCCACGGAACGUCAAUGCAACUAUCAUGCGCAAUGUGCUGAAAGAGUGGGUGGAGAAGGAACAGGAACAGGAACAGUCGUCUGCGUCUGUGCCGGCGAGAGCGAGGUUAUAA